GUCAUACUGGCAAAGUGAUAGUUUGAUUAGGGAAAUGGUUUUAAAGCAAAGAUGGCAGUGAAAGGUUGUGCACGAAUUUUCCUCCUCUUAAUUUUGUGUAUUUUCCUGUUAAAUUCGUGUAACGGAGCCGCGACAGACAUUGAAUUAGAUGCAAAAGCACAGUUAUUGCACAGACUUGACAGUUUAAAUCUUUUGUUAUAUACAUUUUUAUUAAUAUUAACUGUUUUGACAAUAUGGACAUUUAAGCAUCGACGACUUAGAUUCCUUCAUGAAACUGGUUUAGCUGUUAUUUAUGGUUUAAUUAUAGGAGCUAUAAUUCGUUAUGGCUUUACAUCGGGUAGUACCAUUCUCCAUAUGCCUGUUGUGCCAGACAACAGUAGUAAAUACAAUCAAUCAGUUCCUCCAGAUACGUUAUGGUUACGUUUUCCAGAAGAUAAAGGAGGUGGUGAUAUUAAAAACAAAACAUUUGCUUAUUCAUUUCGAGGAGAAAUUUAUAAGCAGGAUAAUGAAAUUGAUCUAAAGGCUACCUUUGAUCCUGAGAUUUUUUUUAAUAUCAUUUUGCCACCAAUAAUUUUUCAUGCUGGUUAUAGUUUAAAACGUAAAUACUUCUUUAGAAAUUUAGGAGCAAUUCUUAUGUAUGCUUUAAUUGGAACAUCUAUAUCAGCAUUUGUUAUUGGAGCUUUGAUGUAUGCCUUUGUACAAUUAAUACCACAUCUAUCUGCGUUUACAUUUUUGGAUACUUUAUAUUUUGGUGCAUUAAUAUCUCCUACGGAUCCAUUGACAAUAAUUUCUAUUUUUAAUGACUUACAUGUAGAUGUGAAUUUAUAUGCUUUAGUAUUUGGAGAAAGCGUAUUAAAUGAUGCAGUUGCAAUUGUACUUAGUGGUUCUAUACAGAAUUAUGGAGAACGUUAUCAGUCUGGAUCAGGUGGAUUUGAAACAGUAGCAUUUUUCCAAGCAUUUGGGGAUUUUGUUGGAAUAUUUAGUUUGUCUUUAUUUAUUGGUGCUACAAUGGGCUGUAUUACUGCAUUAUUAACUAAAUUCACUAGAGUCAGAGAUUUUCCUCUUCUGGAAUCAGCAUUAUUUGUUCUAAUGUCCUACAGCACUUUCUUAAUUGCUGAAGCAUCUGAUUUGACAGGUGUGGUUGCUGUCUUAUUUUGUGGAAUUUGUCAAGCACAUUAUACAUACAAUAACUUAAGUCCAGAUUCUCGUCAACGAACAAAACAAUUGUUCGAACUUCUAAACUUUUUAGCUGAAAACUUUAUAUUCAGUUAUAUUGGUGUUUCGAUGUUUACUUUUCCAAAACAUCAUUUUGAUCCAGGAUUUAUUUUUGCAGGAUUUCUCUGUGCGUUACUAGGUCGCGCAGCCAAUGUAUAUCCAUUAUCUUUUAUAUUAAAUUUGGCGCGAAAACCGAAAAUAUCAUUAAAUUAUCAGCACAUGUUAUUCUUUGCUGGUUUACGCGGAGCUAUGAGCUUUGCUCUAGCUAUUAGAAAUACUGUGUCCGAUGCUCGACAAGCUAUGUUGACAACAACAAGUUUAAUUGUUAUUUUGACAGUUAUCUUUCAAGGUGGAGCAACAACACAGUUUUUAAGUUGGUUUAAUAUACCAGUUGGGGUAGAUGAAGAAAUAGAAGGAUUAUCACACAAUGGAAUGCGUAGUUCUGGUGGCGAAGGUGGCUUUGGAGAUCUGGACAUGCAUAGGGAGAGAAGUCCUCCGUAUAAUUCUAUGCAGGAUGGAUCAUUACCAGGCAGUGGCAUAAAACCUAAUGAAAAAGCAUUACUUGCCAGAAUCUGGGGCGAUUUUGAUACUCGCUACAUGAAACCAUUUUUAACACACUCCAGGCCUACGUUGCUGGAAACAUUACCCGUUUGUUGUGGGCCUUUAGCUAGGAUUCUUACAACAACGCAACAAAUGACGCAGGAUGAAGCAGUUAGAAAAGCAGAUUCAGAUUCAGAUUUUUGUCUGGAAGAUCGUGAACUCGAGCGACGAAGGACUAGUGUUCAACCGUAUUGUUUAUCAAGUGAACCAACAAAGCCAUGUUUGGUUUUGAGUUUCAAAGGGAUUACUUUGAUGUUGGAUUGCGGUUUAAAUAUGCAAUCUAUACUGCAUUUUAUGCCAAUGCCCAUGGUUCCUAGUGCAAAAUUUAAUUCAUUAUCAUCUUGGCUUCCUCGCGAUAAUCAUCAAGAUUGGCAAAUAGAAGGGGAGUUAAAAGAAUGCUGUGGUAGAGUGUUUGUGGAUUCUACACCUGAAUUCUCUCCACCUUUGGAGAAAAUAAUAGAUUUUUCUGAAAUCGAUGCUAUUUUAAUAUCCAAUUAUACUUGCAUGUUGGCUUUGCCAUUCAUAACAGAAGAUAGUGGUUUUAAAGGUAUUAUCUAUGCUACGGAGCCCACAUUACAAAUUGGAAGAUUUUUUAUGGAAGAGUUAGUAGAGUUUAUUGAACAAACUCCUAAAGCAACAUUAGCCAAACACUGGAAGGAGAUGUUACAUGUAUUACCUCCUCCACUUGCAGAUGCUCUUAAGCCUAAAUCUUGGAAACACAUAUAUUCUAUGUCUGCUGUUAAUACUGCUUUGUCAUAUAUUCAAACAGUUGGAUAUGACCAAAAACUGGACAUAUAUGGAGCAUUAACAGUAACACCUAUAAGUUCUGGCUAUUGUUUGGGUAGUAGUAAUUGGUUAAUUUCAUGUGACCAUGAGAAAGUUGCAUUUGUAAGUGGAUCUUCUACAUUGACAACUCAUCCACGACCCAUGGAGCAGGCUACAUUGAAACAUGCUAAUAUGUUAAUACUAACAGGUUUGACUCAGACACCUACUGCAAAUCCAGACACUAUGCUUGGAGAACUUUGUAUGACUGUAGCAAUGACUCUUAGAACUGGUGGAUGUGUCUUGAUUCCAUGCUACCCAUCUGGAGUAGUAUAUGAUUUAUUUGAAUGCCUUAGUACACAUUUAGAUAAAUCAGGUUUUUCACAAGUUCCUUUAUUUUUUAUAUCACCAGUAGCAGAAACUUCUUUAGCAUACUCAAACAUUUUAGCUGAAUGGCUCUCAACAAAUAAACAAAAUAAAGUUUAUCUUCCAGAAGAGCCAUUUCCUCAUGCUUUUCUUGUUAAAAAUGCUAGACUGAAACAUUUUACAUCUACAUAUGCUGAAGGUUUUAGUUCUGAUUACAGACAACCUUGUGUUGUCUUUUGUGGUCAUCCUAGUCUUAGAUUUGGUGAUGCAGUUCAUUUUGUUCAAUUGUGGGGCAAUAACCCACAACAUACUAUAAUUUUUACAGAACCAGAUUUUCCAUAUUUGGAUGCAUUAGCUCCAUUUCAGCCGUUAGCUAUGAAAGCAGUACAUUGUCCGAUUGACACAUCUCUUAAUUUUACUCAGGCUAAUAAAUUAAUUAGAGAUUUAAAACCUGAACACUUAGUAAUACCGGAAUGUUACACGCAACCACCGAUGACUGCGCCGCAUAGAACAGAUCUCGUUAUAGAACCUGUAGGAGAAAAACCUUUAAUCACUUUUAAACGAGGUGAAGUCAUAAAGCUACCUCUAAAAAGGAAGAAAGGACGAGUAUUUAUUGAACCUGAAUUAGCUGGAAAUAUAAUUCCAAAUGAAAUUCGGCCUGGCUUGAGUCUUGCUUCUGUUACUGGUGAAUUAGAAGUUAAGGAUAAUGUAUAUACUAUAAAGAAUAUUGAAGACAGACCUAGCGGAAAACGUAAAGUAUCUUCUGGUUCCCCUGCACCAAUUAAGGAAGAAGUUCUUAAAGAAAGGAAACAUGAAUAUGGUAAUUUAGAUCCACAAGAAUUGCUUCAAAAACUUAGUCAAGAAGGAAUUCAAGGAGCCAAGCUGCAACAUAGUCCAACAUCUACCAGUAUUCACUUGCAAGAUGAAGAUACUUUAAUUCAAAUAGGGGACAAUUCGACACAUAUUUUUUGUAAUGGUGAUCAAAAAAUUAGAAGACAAUUGAGGACUAUCAUAAUGCAGUGCCUUAAAAGGUUUUAAGUUAAAAAACAAAUAAUACUGAAUUAUAACAUUUUUUUAUAUAAUGACAAUUUCAAUUGUAAUUUAUUUUUUUAUACGAUUGGAGUUUUUUUUUAAUUAAUACCAAAAGAAGUUAUGAUGUUAAGUACUUUCAAAUAAAUGUAAGUAACAUUUACAUUAGUAUUACCUGUAACUACGUACACGCUCACAUACAUUAAACUGUACAUAAUAUCUACAAAUAUACUUGUGUACGUGGCAGUAUUACAUGA